AUGUCAAUAAUUCAUAAUUUUGUUUAGUAGAUGCUUCAAUUUAAAGGAAACUACGAAGAUGCUUUAUUCCAAAUCCAAUCAUUUCUUGCAUAAUUGUUAUGCUCAUUAUUUGAAGUAAAGAAGAAUUAAGAAUUACUGAUUUUAAAUGCAUGUAUAAAACGAAUGGAUUAAGUCUUAAUCAACCUUCAUGAUUAUUUCAUUAGUAAAUUAAUUUUGCUUAUAAAAGAGGUGUCUCCACCAAUUAAAUGUAUAUUUAAGGACGGACCUUAUAAUCAAGAGGGAUUCAUAAGUAGUGAUGACGAAGUCUAGCAAAUAGUUCUACCAUCUUCUACCAAAUUGAAAUAAACGAAUACUCCAGUUAUAAAAGAACCCAUAUUACCUAUUGAUGAAAAAGUUAGAAUGAGAGAUGAAUUAAUUAAAAAAAUGACUAUUGGAUAUUUAAAAGAUGUACAACAUUUAAGGGAGAUGUUCGUUAGAAAAGAUUUAUUCCCAAAUGAAGAAAUCUUUGAUGCCUCUUACUAUGAUUAUACAAAUACAUUAGAUCCAAUUAUUAGAUAAUUUAUCUACACAAAAAUUUUAGAUGUUACCCAAUAAUUUAGACUACAAAUUUAAAAAUUAACUUAAUCAAAUUCAAAGUAUCUCUCCGAAAUUGAAAAAUUAAAGCAACGAAUCAAAAAAAUUGUUGGAGGUGCAGAAAUUGAAUCUUAAAUCGGAGCUAUUUUAUAAAUAGACGGUGAUUUAUAUAGAUUUUGGAAAGGUAUAUAAGAAGUUAUAGGAAUAGAACAAAUAUUUGAAAUUUUUGAAAAAAGAAAAUAAGGUUAUGGAAUUGAUUAUAUUUUAAUUGAUAGAUGUAUUAAUGAUAGUUAAGCUUCUGGUAGAAUUUUUAAAGAAUUUAAAGUUCAAUUAGAAGGUACUUAUAUAUUUAUUAAUUAGAGUAAUAAUUAAAAUUCACCGAACAAAUGACAAGGGAGUUGAAUAUGAAAUAGAAGGAGAUUGAUGAAUUAAAGUAGCUCUUAUCAGAUUAAGAACAAUAAAGAUAAAUAGAUAUCUUAAAAGUCAAAAAUUUCAUAAAAUAAAAUCUAGGAGGUGAAGGAUACCAUUUUGAAAUUGAAUAUAAUACUGGUAAAUUAAUAUAUUUUUAUUUCAGAAGAGAGAGAAAACCAAAGAAAAAAUUCAUUAGAUAGAGACAAACAGAUAUAAAAUUUAUUAGAUAGAGAAAAAAAGAUUUAAAAUUCAUUAUAUAGAUAAAACCAAAGAUCAAUUUGGCAAGAACCAUUCGAUUUAAUUGCAAGUAAAUUUAUUUAAAAAAUGUAUUAAAGGACUUGCUUUAUAUAAAUGGAUUUACUUAGCAAAGAUAAAAAAAUUAUUAAAUUAAAAGAAUACAAGAAGAGCAUUAUCAAAUGACAGAUCUUGCAAAUCAACAAAUAUUUUUGGAUUAUAAGAUAAUAGAGUAAGUAAUUUAAAAAAAGAAUUGAAAAUUUAGAAUGAAAACUUAUUAGAAACUUAAAUCGAAAUGUUAAAAUGCUAAGGUGAAUUGCAAACCUUAAAAUCUAAUUAUACUAGUUUAAAGUUUAAUUUCGACAUGUAAUUCUCAACUAGAAUAGCAACUCAAUAGAAUAAGGUAUAAUUAGAAAAUAUAGUUGACUAUUUUACCAAAAUUUUCAAAUUUAUAAAAAACAGAGUUGGGUUAAAUUAUUUUGAAAUAAAUUUGAAAAAUUCUAAAUACUUUUUAGAUAAAUCUGAUUAACACUUGAAAUUAUUUGAACAAAAGGUAUCAUCUUUAAAAGCAUAGGAUUAUGAUAUGCUACAUGAAUUAGUAUAGCAAUUAGCAAAAAGAUAAAUAAUGUAUAAAAAGAUGUAUUCAAAUCUAGAUGUUAAUGCAUUCACAUAGACUGAUAUCUAUGAUAUUAAUAAGCCACUAUAAGAAGCAGUUAAUGAAUUAAAUAACUAUCUACUAAAAAAAGAAGAAUAAUUAAUUUAACCUGAAUAUGAUAAUUAACUGUUUGAAUUAGAAUUAGAAUAAGCAGAAAAAUAAUUUAGAUAAGAGUAGUUUGAAUAAGAAAAAUAAAAACUAGAAGAUGAAGAAGAAGAAGAAGAAGAAAUAAAAAUUAAUUAAAUAAUCUUAGAAUAAGCACAAGAUUCAAAUAAUUUAAAAUCAAAUAAUCCUGAUUUACUUAAUAAUAAAGGAGAUAUUCGAUAUUUAGAGGAAUCUCUUGAAUCUAAUAAUUUUGAACAUAAGUAAAUUUCUAAUUAAUAAAAAAACUAAUAAAAAAAAAGUUGUAUAAAAACUGAAAAAAAUGAAUUUCAAUAACUAAGAUAGCAGGAGGGUUAUAACAAAAUUAAAAUGAGAAAUCAAUAAUAAUAGACGAAUGUAACAAUUGAUUGUACUAAAUGCUAUAAUAAUAUCUUUGAAAGGAUGGAUCCAGAAUUUCAAUAAAAUUAAGUAGAAGUUCAAUCUUAAGGAAUGUUUUAAAUUUCUAAAUCAAAAAUAUUCUCAAACAAAUAGCACACCAUCACAUCUAUUUUGAGUUAGUAAAAUGGAAUUCGAAUGUAAUCUGCAAAAUUCAAAAAAUCAGAUAAAAUUUAAAUGAAAUAAACUUUUUAUUCUCAAUCAAAUAGACCAUAAAGCAGAAAUGAGAGAUCAAUAAUAUAUAAAGGAGAGAGAGCAUAGAUUAUAAUUACACCAAAAUCUGUUCCAAUAACUUGUAGAUUUAGAUAAAUAAAAUGAC